GUAUUUUGCUUCUGUUGUAGACCCUCUCCAUCUACCUUAUCAAUGGAGGAUUUCCAGAGAGAUGAAGCCAUUGACUGCAAGGUUAUUCAGAUGAUCAGAGAUGACAUCCUGUCCUACUCCUCCACCAUCCCUGCCGACUUUGUCAAACAGAUCAUGAAGCUCCUCAACAGGGGCUCCAUCCACUCCACAUCUUCUGACUCGUUCAUAGACACAGAUUCCAGCAAAAAACUACGGGAAGAAUUUGCCAAGACCUGCUUUGAAACCCUUCUCCAGUUCUCUUUCAUCAACAAGUCCAAAGGUGAGGAGGGAGGAAUAACCAAGAUGGCGGUGAUGUCACUUCUACAGCGGUGCCAGGAAGUGGUGCGUAAACACGUGGAUGAUGAACGACUCAGCGGAAAGUGUCCGCUUCCUAGACCUCGGUUGGCUGAGAUGGCCUCUGUCCUAAAGGCAAUCACCACAUUAUUGAGGUCACAAAAGCAAGCCCCACCAGGAAACGGUCAGUUUAACAUGUACAGGUUUUAG